AUCGUGCAUUUGAAGUUAAAUUCAACACUCUGUCCAUAGUCCAAAAUGCCUAGAGAACGACGUGCGAACAUCGGCCGCCGCACAAGACAUGCAAGCCAGCAACAAGUCUAUUCAAGGAACUUAAGAGAAGAAAGACAAAAUAUAAUAAGAGAAAAUGACCGAUUGAGACAUCGCGUGAGCACACGAAGAUCAUUGGCAUCAUACAAUCGCUUGGCAUUCCAAUAUGAUCCCACUGCGAACUACAGUGAUGAUGAAAAUUUGGAUAUUGGACGAAUGACGACUAUAUGCCGAUAUUGCAAUGCGGUAAAGUUCAAAAGAGAAACGGUUGGAUUGUGCUGCGCAAGUGGAAAAGUCAAACUGGAUCCAUUACUUACACCACCACAGCCACUGAAAACAUUGUUUGAUGGAAGUGAUCCCGAUUCCAGCCAUUUUCUUCAACACAUCCUUGAAUUUAAUAACUGCUUUCGCAUGACUUCCUUUGGAGCUAAUAUCAUUCGAGAAGGCGGCUUCAUGCCGACUUGCAAGAUACAAGGUCAAAUAUAUCAUUUGCAUGGUUCAAUGGUGCCAACACCAGAUGAACCGCAUCAAUUUCUGCAAAUAUAUUUCAUUUCGUCGAUGGUGGAUCAGCUGAACGUGCGGUGCAAUAUACAGGGAGCACAACAGUUAAAGAGACGAAUUAUUGAACAGUUGCAAGCAUUUUUUCACGCUAAUAAUGCUGUGGUUAAUAUGUUCAAAACAGCAUUGGAACGAAUGCCAUCGGAUACGCACAAAUUUCAUAAGAGCGGAUUGUACUCCAACAGGUGA